AUGAGCCAAGACAAUCCAUUACAAAAGGUCGUGCGACGAAUACUCCUUCCUUCCUUGCACGAUGGAACCCGUUUAGAGGCUAGAGUGUCAUAUUGGCGCAAUGAUAAUGGAGAACAGAGAUUAGAGAAUCGCAUGAUUUAUAUAAUUGGCCAAUUAGCCGAUGUUUGCGAUUUGGAAUUAAUCGACUUGUUUAAUGCAUCGAUCCUCAUCUUUCAGGAGGAAAUUUCCAUAACAAUGUUGUCGUCGCGGUUGAGAGCUUCUUCCUCACCAGAGGAUAUUUGA